AAACUCUCUUGGAAUUUUGUAGCAAAAUUUGCACAUGCAAGUCGCAAACGUUGAAUUCCACCUCACAUUAUCCAGCAUUUCAUCCGCUAUAAAAAUCCACGACCUAGCGCUCCUAUUCUUCGUGAGAGCUCAACUUGAGCAACAGACACUAACACGUCACCCAUGGCGUCCCUCCUCGUCGUCGUCGUCAUGCUCGCCGCCACCGCGGCUGACGCGGUGACGUUCACCGUCGUCAACAAGUGCGGGUACACCGUGUGGCCGGCGGCGCUGCCGUCGGGCGACGGCACGCAGCUCGACCCGGGGCAGAGCUGGGCCGUCUACGUGCCGGCGGGCACCAAGGGCGCGCGCGUGUGGGGGCGCACGGGCUGCGGCUUCGUCUCCGGCGGCAGCCUUGGGCAGUGCCAGACGGGCGAUUGCGGUGGCACGCUGCGGUGCAAGGCCGUCGGGGCGCCGCCCGUCACGGUGGCCGAGUUCUCGCUGGGCCAGGUGAGCGGCAGCGGCGGCGAGGACUACUUCGACAUCUCCCUCGUCGACGGCUUCAACGCGCCCAUGGCCAUCGCGCCGGCGGGCGGGCGGCGGUGCCCCAGGGGCGGGCCGACGUGCGCGGAGCAGAUCACGCUGCAGUGCCCCGGCGAGCUGCGCGCCAAGGCCGGGUGCAACAACCCGUGCAUGGGGAACAGCACGUGCGGCCCGACCAAGGACACGGAGUUCUUCAAGCGGCUGUGCCCGGAGACGAUCACCUACUCCGGCGACAACCGCGGCACCACCUUCACUUGCCCCGCCGGCACCGGCUACCGCAUCGUCUUCUGUCCAUGAUCCAAACUUGAUUAGCUAGCGACCGGCCGGCCGUUCAAUCAAUCGACGAAAGCGACGAGCUUGGUGUCGUCGUGGGCUGUUUGCUAGCUAGCUUGCUUGCCGUACAGAUAUAUAGACCAAUCAUACUAUUUGUAUAUGCUGAUAAAAUAAGAGCUUUGCACUGCAUGAAUCAUGUGUUGGGAUAAAGAAGAAAAGGAAUGAAGUUUCA